GUCUUGCCAUACGGGGGACCGAUCCUGGGCGCGGAACCCGAGUAAGGUUCCACGCGAGGGGCGCAUGUGCAGAGGUCCGUGCGCUGCGCCGGCGCUGGAAGGAGGUCCUGCACGAGGUGGAAGCAGCCUGGGUUCCGUCCCCAAGGUCACCAGGCAGCUGCUGCUUAGGCUACUAGCGGGGCACAGCCGUCUCUCCUCCGCAGAGAGGUGUCGCAGACUUUAAGUGUAGUUGCAGGUCUCUUGAGUCGGAUUCAGGAUUCGUGAACCGUGCAGAUGUGAACAACUUCCGGCAGGGAGAGGACAGCGAGGCUUAGAGAAGAAGCCGACUCGUGAAUGUCAGGAUGGCACCCACGCCAGGAGGAGGCAACGAUGGCCUGUGGUCAGAUCCUCCCCGGGGGCCCCUUGAUGCCUAUCGAGCACGAGCGUCCUUCAGCCCCAGGGAGCUGCAGCUCUUCUGGGAGGGCGAGGACACACUCCGCUUCAAGAAGGCUGUCUUCUCGGCUUUGGAGAAGGACCCGCUCUUUGCAGGCUCCCGUGGGGCUGAUCUGUCCCUGGAAAAGUACCGUGAGCUGAGCUUCCUCCGGUGCAAGCGGGUCUUUGAGUAUGGCUUCUUCAGCUUGGACAACCUGGACCAGAGCCUGCUGCGGCUCCCAGCCCUGACCUACUGCCUGGGCAUGUAUGAUUGGUCGGUGGGCACCAAGUUCGCCCUCCACCUGAUGGUUUUUGGAUCAGCUCUUUACAGCCUUGGCUCUGAACGGCAUCUCAAAUAUGUUGAAAAGGUCUUGAACAUGGAGAUCUUUGGCUGUUUUGCACUAACUGAACUGAGUCACGGAAGCAACACCCAGGCCAUCCGAACAACAGCACACUACGACCCUACCACAGAAGAGUUCAUCAUUCAUUCCCCUGAUUUUGAAGCUGCCAAAUUUUGGGUGGGCAACAUGGGCAAGACGGCGACCCACGGGGUGGUGUUUGCACAGCUGUACACACCAGACGGCCGGUGUCACGGGCUGCACUCCUUCGUGGUGCAGAUCCGGGACCCGAAGACACUGCUCCCCAUGCCAGGCGUGAUGGUCGGUGACAUGGGGAGGAAGCUUGGGCAGAAUGGCCUGGACAGCGGUUUCGCCAUGUUCCACAAGGUGAGAAUUCCCCGGCAGGACCUGCUGAACCGAGCUGGGGAUGUCACGCCCCAGGGCACCUACACUGCCACCUUUAAGGAUGCCAGACAGCGCACGAGGGUGUCCCUGGGCAGCCUGUCCUCGGGGCGCAUCUUCAUCACCGGCGUGUGCGUCGUGAACCUGCAGCAAGCUGUGUGCAUUGCGAUCCGCUUCUCAGCCACGCGGCGUCAGUUCGGCCCUGCGGGGGAGGAGGAGAUCCCAGUGCUUGAGUAUCAGAUGCAGCAAUGGCGCCUGCUUCCGUAUCUGGCAGCAGCCUAUGUCCUGGACCACUUUUCCAAGUCACUGUUGCUGGACCUGGCAAGACUGUAUGGAGGUCUGCUCAGGGGAGACCAGGCAGCCCCACAGGCGGAGCUCAGCCGUGAGAUCCACGCCCUGGCUGCGGCCGCCAAGCCCCUGGUCUCCUGGACGGCACAGCAAGGGAUCCAGGAGUGCCGGGAGGCGUGUGGCGGGCAUGGCUAUCUGGCAGUGAACCGGUUGGGUGACCUCAGAAAUGACAAUGACCCAAACUGUACAUAUGAGGGUGACAACAGCAUCCUACUGAAGGAGGCCAGCAAAUACCUGCUGAACUUCCUGGAGCCGGAGGAGCAAGAUGGAGUACGCUUCCAAAGCCCGCUGCAGACGGUCAGCUUCCUUGAGGCCUACCCCGUCGUGCUUGGUCAGAGGUUUCAGGGUACCAGUGUGGCCGACUGGCUGGAUCCCACAGCCCCACUGGCAGCAUACACAUGGCUGGUUUGCUACCUGCUCCAAAGCAGUCACCAGAAGGUCAGCCAGGAGAGGAGAUCAGGGCGAAGCGACUUUGAAGUGAAAAACAGCAGCCAGGUCUACCACCUCCGGACCCUGGCGCUGGCCUUCAUGGAGCGCACCGUGGUACAGAGGUUCCACACGCACGUGCGCAGCCCCAGCGUGCCACCCUCAUUGCGGGCCGUGCUUGGCCGGCUCAGCACACUCUACGCUCUGUGGUCUCUGAGCCAGCACACGGCUCUGCUGUACAGAGGUGGCUACCUCGCUGGUGAGCAGGCAGGUCAGGCACUGGAGGCCGCCAUCCUGGAUCUGUGUGCCCAGCUGAAAGAUGAUGCAGUGGCCCUGGUGGACGUGAUUGCCCCUCCUGACUUUGUCCUGAACUCCCCGAUUGGCAGAGCUGACGGCGAGCUCUCUAAGAACCUGUGGGGCGCGGUGCUGCAGGAGAGCGGCGUGCUGGAGCGGGCGUCCUGGUGGCAGGAGUUCUCUGUGCACCGACCUGUGGUGGGCAGCCUGAAGUCCAAGCUGUAGCUUCCACCAGCCGGCAGAGAGCAGGGCCGAGCAAGUCCCCUGGCAAGACGGGGACAUGGAGUCUGGCUGCCGAGACGCCGGGAUGGGCCUGUCACACAUGGUCACGCUGGGUGGGUCAUACCAGAUGUGCAGGGCGGAGCUGGGGUGGCUUGGCCAGCUGUAGGGACAAGGAGGCUCGCCUGACCGGUCUCCUUGGUAACUAUCAGGCCUCAGCAGUCGGGUUCCUGCACACGCUCUUCUCAGGCACAGAUGCCGAGCGUGAAGCAAACUGCUUAUAAUUAAGGAUUU